UCUAUACGCAAAUGCAUCUAUACAUCUACGCCUAUGUGCGUGUAUAUAUAUAUGUAUAUAGGAUACAAGUUUCCUCCCUAUUAUUAUAACCUAUAGACUAAUAGAGUAUGGCAACAAAAACAAACUUAUCGAUUGGGAAAAAAGAAGUAUAGAACCAUGAGAAAAAUGUCAGGUACAAUGAAUUUUCGAUAGAAUCAUAAAUAAAAUGACUUUUUCUCAAGUCUACUUUAUGAACACAAUUCUUGAUGAAGGGAAUAACCUGGUCUACUGCAUACUAGUUUAUCUAAAACAACAAUAAUAAUGUCAACAUUAUUGUGAUUCAUACCAUUCAGUAAAUACUCUGCUCUCCUAGUGAUUCUACUGAUUAACGUUCGAAUCAUAAUUAUAAACUGGGUAACUGAACAGUGAAACAAGUUAUUUUGGUUAGACUAUAAUUCCACUGGUCGACUUCAUUUUGGCUGAGUAGUUACAUCUGUCAAAUGUACUUAUCAGAAAAUACUUCAACACUGAGUGAAUCCAAUGGAUUUAUUAAUAAUGCUGGAAGAUUUCGUUCUGAGAUUGGUGUAAUCCCAUGUAAAAAAGUGAAAGAAACAUCACCUGGACAUCCUAACUGUGUAUCAUUUGAUUCAUCCUUAAAAACAAAAGAUUCACCAUCUUCAUUAUCAGAAAAUCGUCUGUCAAUGUUAAAUUUUGAAGAUAAAGUCAGUGACGAAAUGAUCAAUGUAGACAUAGAGGGGAAUAAGGAUUAUGAACGUAGAGUUACUUCAGAAAAAGUACAAACUACGGAUAGUGAAGCAAGUCUGCUCACAAAUAAAUCCAACAGUAAUCUAGCACUUGACAGUUUCAGGAAUACAUUAACACCAACAGUAGCAUCGCAACAGUCAGAAAAACGUCAACUACAACAAUCCUCUUAUGAUACUGGUUUAAACCAAUUAUGCUGUCCUACAACUCAAACAUCUACAUCUAUACAACAGUCUCAGUCAUUUGGAACAGGAACAGCUACUGUAACUAGUUAUGAUGAUAACGAUGAAUACUUCUCAUUCGAACAUGAUACAAGUGCAUUUUAUAACAGUAGUACUGGAAGUAAUUUCAAGUCGACAAGUACACCAUUGCAUCUGGAAAAUCCUGAACGAGAGACACGAUGGUAUUUCAAGUAUUUUCUUGGCAGAUAUCAUCAACUGUAUUGUGGUUAUCUUACCGAACGUGAUCCAUUUCUAUUGGCUGUUGCUAAAGAUGAUAUACAAACUUAUGGGAUUAGUCAGUAUCGUGCAAUUCUGUGGAGAAAAACGGGUAGUCAAAAGUUGUGUAUUUCCUACAAUCCAACAAAUGCGUUAACCGCAAAAAAGGUUUUAAACUUUUUCGAUAUCCAUCGUGUAGAAAAAGGACCACGCGAAAUUCUUAAUUUUGAAGUUCAAAAGGAUGCUCUCACUCUAGAAGAGCAGGAGGGAUCUGUAAAUUUCAAGUUUGGAGUACUUUAUUGUAUCGAAGGCCAAACAUCAGAUCAAGAGAUGUACAAUAAUGAAAAAGGAAGUGAACAAUUUGAACGUUUUGUUAAUCUUCUUGGAGAAAGAAUUGGUUUAAAAUCAUGGGAUCGAUUUAAGGGAGGUUUGGAUACGAAAUCAAAUACAACUGGCAUUGAUUCAGUAUAUACAAUAUAUGAAGGUCAUGAAAUCAUGUUCCAUGUGUCCACCUUAUUACCUUACUCAACAGAGAAUCGACAACAGAUUGAAAGAAAACGACAUGUUGGCAAUGAUAUAGUCAAUAUUAUAUUCGUCGAUGGGUGCCCACCAGGACAACAACCAUCAUGGACUCCCUCCAUGAUGAGGACACAUUUUACUCAUAUUUUCGCGAUUGUUACAUUCGAUUCAGAAGCUGAGGUUUACAGAUUAAAUAUAUUUGCUGAAGAAUCUGUUCCCUUUUUUGGACCACCUCUUCAUAAUCCUCCAGAAUUUAAGAAUCCUCAAGAAUUUCGUGAAUUCCUUUUAGUGAAGUUAAUCAACGGUGAAAAGGCUGCAUUCAGAUCACCAGUGUUUGCACAAAAACGUCAACGAACAUUAGAAAUGUUACUAAAUGCAAUUUGUACAACAUAUGCAAAUGACACCAAUAAUGGAGCUAUUUACAGACGAGCUUUCAGUGAUGUUGUAGUGGAUUCUUUUAAUGGAGUAACAACGAGUAAAGAACAAAGCCGUAAUGAUGCAUAUAUCAGAUAUGGACAAAUGUUAAAGUUGAACACAAUAAUCAGAGGUGAUGCUCCAACAAGCUCAAUAACCAGUGGGCAAUCAAAAAAGAAUCUAUGGCAACCAAAAUUAAUACACAAAUGUACUCAGUCAGAAAUUAUAUGUGGUGAUGUUUGGGGUGACAAUUUAAUUAUAAGCACUGAACAAGGGACUUUUGGAUUUAAAGACCAUGAGCCGCCGGUUUUGCUGAUCGAUAAAAGUGUAGAAGUAAAACAGUUGGAGGUCGCACAGUUUGAAUUGUUGAUAAUUCGAUAUGAUAAAGGCCGUGAAGCAAAAGUAGCUGUUUUACAACUUAACUGCUUAACAUCCACUAAACCGGUGGAUAGAUCACAGGCAAAAAAGCUUACUUUAGAAAAAACAAAAGGAAGUCAACUGUUCACAGUUAGUAAGAGUCCUAAUCAUCCAUUAAGGUUAGCGAUUGCAGUUCAUCGGAGAAUCAUAGUCUUCCAAUGGCAUUUAUUUACCGGACGUUCUUUAUCAUCAUGGAAUCAGUUGGCUCAGCCAGAUCCCAUUGAAAACUUUCAAAUCAUGCGAGAAGUUCAUUUAAUUGAACCAGUUCAAACGUUAAGCUUUGUAGAAGGUAUCCCUGGAGGAAGAUUAUGUGUAGGAUAUAGAAAUCAAUUUAUUUUAGUUGAUGAAAAAAAUAAAGAGACAAUCCAGCUAUUUCGUACAGAAGGUAGUCGAAAUCAAGUUGUCUCAGCUUUGGAAUUAUGGGCUGAUGAAGAGCAUGAAUUAUUAUUGUGCUUUACAAGAACCUGUCAUUUUCAAAAACUUUCUUUAACUUCAUCAUCCGGUAUGGGAAGUCGUCGUCAAGCUCCACUAAUCAACAGCCCUGUUGAUACAAGUUUUAACUGGAAUAUGAAAACGACUAUGGAAACAAGCGCAGUUAAAUCAUCGCCAUCUUUAUCUCAGACACAAGGAUCGAACUCAGUAGACUCACCUAGUCCAACAGGUGGACCAAUAGCCAGAAGUUGCUCACCAGAUCCUCUAUUCCAUCCAUUGAAUAUCAGCACAUCAUGUGAAGAAAAAGUGAAGACAAGUGACUUUGAUUUUGCAUGGAACUUUGAACCACAACAAGUUGGUAAGUUACUGUUAAGAAGUUCUUUUUCAUAACACAAUAAGUGACUGAAGAAUAUAAAUAUGCCAUUCAAUUCAAAUGAGGCAUUCUUGCAGAAGAAAUGAAUCAUCAUUAUUCCAUCAUUAUUCAUCAUUAUUAUUAUGUUCGGAGCGAAACAGAAGACUUUAACACCACAUCUCCACUUCCUCCUGUUUUCUGCCGCCCACUUUAACUGGAUGACCCAACGACUGCUCAAUAUCUCUCAUCUCCUCCAUGUCACCUUCACAUCAGCGCCCAAUCGUCUUUUACAAUGGGAUUCUGAUUGAGUGGCAGAAAAUUUCCACACUGGUUUCAGAGUGAUGAAGGUCUGUCUUUCAUUUCCGAUUCUGGCUGACUUUGACAUCUUCAUCCAAUCAUCUGACCUGUAUAUGAAAUGAUGCUGCCUAGAUAAGUGAAGGAAAAGCCCUCUUUCAAAUUUCUUCCACUGAUAUUGAUUGGUUCUGGUUGUUGAUGCUGUUGGUUGGUUGUCUUCAUCACCUCCGUUUUCUCCACCUCCACUUGAAAUCCUGUCAUAGCUGGCAGCUUCUUCAGCCAGUUUGUUGGUUUCCGCCUGCCUGUAAGUCUCCGAGUUUGUGUGACAUCAUAUAUAAAUCAUCAAAGCGCAAAAUCCACAUCUUCUAUAGUCUUAUCAUCGGUCAGUCCAACCUAUUCCUGUGUUCUUUCUCCCCACGUACAGUGUCCAACAUAAUCCAGUUCAGCACAUCUAAGAAUAUCAUCAUUGAUAAUAGUCAGGCAGCCUGUAUUUCUCCCCUAUUCAUUACAAACGCCUUACUGAGUUUUUCGUUAUGGGUUACCUGACACGUGCUACUGUCACGGAGGUGUGCAAGAAGCUGUCGUCAUUCAGGUCAUACAAUAAUUAAUAGGGAUGGUAGGCGUUGAAUAUCAUCGUGAUAAAAAAUUCAGAAAUACGGAAAGAACAGACUCAGCGAAAAAUAUAUUCGUUUCCAAUUAGUUCCUCAUCAUCGGAUCUACACGAAUAUAUAGUCUUUGUCAUCAAAAUGCUUUACCAAUCAAGUGGUUAUUUGAGUUAAUCAGUUCUAGGUAUACGCGGGUGGGUGGGUGAAAUCAAGAGGUUGAAGGUCAUAAAAACAGUUCACCAAUAGGUGUUAGUAAUAUGAUAUCUAGGUUUUGAAGGAGGCAGGGGUGAGAAUUAAUUACAGAAUUCAAGAUGAUUCUUAAGCGUUAGCGACAAGUAAUCACAUAAUCAAGAAAUUUGUAAAAUAGCAAUGAUGACUAAGAAGAAUAAAUAGGAUGAUUCAGCAGAUUUACGUAAAAUACAAACAAUUGUAAAAACUAACAAAAGUCAAAAGAUAGUUACAAGGGGAAGGGAGAAAAUCGCUUUUAAAAACCUAAUACAUAUUAUGAAGCUGACUAUGGCAAAGAAACAGGUUGUGAAAAUUUCUUUCGAAAUGACGCACAUGUUUGGCUUGUUGAGGUGAAUUCUGAUCGCCCCUGCUCUAUGUAAAAGUCGUAUUCGUAGACCAUGCGGCGAGAGGUUGGUUGAUAUAUGAUAAAUAACUUUAAAAGCUUUGUUACAGUCAACUUGAUGCCAAGUCAUUAUCGAUGAGAUGAGCUAGUAUUGAGUUUCGUAUAGUUUUAUUCGGACGUUUGCGAAACCAGGAUGGGAGGUGUUUAGAAAUUCAACGAUGAUCGUACGCCCAAUGUGACUAGCUCUUCCGCACGGGCAGCUAAACUGGUGAAUACACGUGGAAGAGGCUAAAUAGGACAGUCUGUCUUUAUUUCUUGAACUAAGUAUUGGUCGACUAGUGAAUACACAGCAUAGCUUAGCUGCAUAGAAAGUCCUUUUGAAGGCCCUUCGCAGACGUUGUGAUAAUAUAUCGCUAUUGAUAUCACCCGCCAAUUGUAAUCUUAGGAAGACUGGCGUUUUGGUGACAGUGGGUACCUUCAACCUUUUGCCUCCUGAGUUCAUGUGUUUGUUUACUAAUUUGGUUGGAUAUCCGUUUCUGCUUAGUAGAUCGCGAAUAUUAGAGAUUUCUUCGUUCAGUGUCUCAUUUGAACAGAUAACUUUAGCCUGUUGAACAAGACAUCUAACCAGAUUACGUUUGUACUGUAGAUGUACGAAUCUCAAGAAGUGAGUAUAUUGUGUAGAGUAAUAAAGAUAUAUACAGCUCAAUACUACCUCAUUUCUUCGAUACUGGACAUCAAAUCGAUUCUAACAAAGCUUUUAAACUUAUUUAUCAUAUAUCAACCAACCUCUAGCAACCAAACCUAGUGAAGACGCAUUUAUUAAAGUGCAUAUUAGCUAGAUAAUAAACCUCAAACUCCUUUGGUGGUUCAGUGGCAGAAUGCUCGCCAACUGUUCAUGUGGUCCACUGACGUAAGUAUACCAAGCGCCCUUAAAAACACGUAGCAAGGAUUUCGUUGUUUCCAUAUAAUGUCAUAUAUUAUUUAUUGGGAGUGUUUUGUCUUUUCUGUUGUGUUACUUGCUAGUUGCUUCUUGUAACUCUCCAUAACUGCUGUUUUUGAUUGGCUUUCACACUAUUAUUGCAACUAUAAAGACAUUACUGAACAUAUUACUUACAUCCAUUGAUAAGCAGUGCACAAUAGAUUAUUGCUUACAAUUACAGUUUCAUUCCGAUCUGUAAGACGUAAAUUUAGAAUUCGAGCCGCCAAUGUAUCCAGAUAUUCAUCAAAGCGACAAAAAUGUCUCUGAGGAUAAAAAUAUAGCUGACCUGCUUGCUUACACUUUGUCAAAAUCUAGAGUUGUUGAUCACGGUUGGAAACGUUUACAUUUAUGUAUAUAUAUAUAUCUUCAUUUUCCUCUAGCUGUCUGUUUCCCAUAUAUUUUUGGAUUCAAUCCAGCUGCUAUUGAAAUACGUUUAUUAAUCAAUGGAAGUUUAGUGCAUACGAUGCUAGUAUCUGAUUGUAGAUUGAUCACGGCUAAGGGUGAUAUAUACUUCACAUC